CGGGAGGGACUUGGGGUGCGCGCGUUAAACAUUCAUUCUGUACUUAAGGCGACCGUGGAAAACCCUCCACAAGGGGUCUUUCGGGGUGAUGUGAGUGAGGCACAUGCGGUGCAUGGGGAGGUUGAGGGAAACACCUGUUUCAUGGGGUUCAAGGAGUAAAAUUGAAGAGAUUGAUGGAGGGAGGUCAUGAGAAAGCUUCAGAAGGAAUGGAAGGGGUUAAAAGUUUACAGAGGGCUCUGGGUAGGAAGGAGUUAACUUCUCCUGGGCAGGUUUAGGGCUGCGAGGCAAAUGGUACUGGGAGGAAGACUCUGUCGGACCCUUUGUUCUUGCCCUUGAGUUUUCUGAAGUUAUGGGAACAAUAUUUGUGGGGAAAACAGGGAGAGGGUUAGGGAGGAGCAGGGAGAGGAGGGCUGGGUCACAAAAAACAUUUCUCAAAGCUUAGCCACCCUCAGCCCCAAGGAGCCUGCCCCCCACUCCCCUUGAGAAAUAUUGUGCCAGCUUCCUCUGACCCUGUGGCAUUGCCUAGUGGGGGGUCUGCUGUCUGUGGCACGUUGGGGUGGGGCUGGGGACAGUCAGCUGCCAACCCCAGAGGGCAAUGCCCUCCUGCCCAUGGGGCUCCAGGGCAGCCCAGCCAGCCCUCCCCUGCCCCACUCCUUGCUGCCUGUUCUUUGCCUCCUUGACCCAAUCAAUCUUGUCCUAGUAGUGGGAGAGAGCAAAGUCCCUGUUUAUGCCCAUGCCAGGUGUUGACUGAAGGAGGAGGAGGGGACAGGAAGCCAUGAGUAGGGAGGGGGGGACCCUGGCCUUUUCCGUUCCCAAGCUCCCAGGUUUCCUCUCUUUCAGGAAGGAGCCUCUUCCUUGCCCCCCUCCCCGCCUUCCCUGACGCCGCUGCCCCCCUUUCCCAGUUGGAGAGCAAGAGUCAAUUGAGGGCUAAGUGGAGCAGAUUGUACCCCCAGGAGAGGCGGGUGAUGGGCGCCCCCACCAAGCACAGCUUCUGCCCUGUCCUUCUGGCCACACUCACCCUACAAUACCCAGGACUACAGAGAAGCCAGUCAGAGUGGAGUCCAUAAGCAGCCAAGCCAGGCCCAGCUUGGGGGCAAAUAUGAGGUGGCAUUGAGCUGGGUGGGUGUUAGUCUGGCAUAGGUGACUCAGGACAGUGGGCAUUGACCCUGGGAUCUCCAGGCCCCAGGCGGGGGCAGCAUGGUGAGAAGGGCGGUGCCGCCGUUGGGCACUGGCCUCCUUGUGCUAUAGGCUGUCAUUGUCCUGUCCAUUCAGACCUGCUAGCUCCCCUUGCCUAGAGGACAGUGCUGGGGCAAGUGGGCACUGUGCCAUCCUGGGGUCCUGGGGGCAGUCCACACUUGACAAGGUAAAUUUUCACAGGUUCUCAUGAGUGCCGGGGCGGGUAGCAGAGGUGGAUGAGGAAUGAGUCAGUGCCCGUCACGGGAAUGGGGGAAAGACGCCAGGCCCAGAGCUGAAAUACCUGUUCUGAAAUGGCUUCUAUGUUUAUCUCUCCAGAGAGGAAUUUUAAAAGCCUCUCUCUGCUCCUCUCUCUCUUUCCACCAGGGUGGGGGAGGGGCCCUGCGAGCCUAGCUUAAGCUGGGCUGUCGUGCUGCUGCAAAGCCCGCUGCUGAGGGGUCAUGCUGACUGGGCAGUGGUGCCCACCUCAGAGUCCUCUUGGCCUAACUCCUCCCCCUGCCCCUGCCCCCACCCCUGCCCAGGGCUUUGGUUUGAAGCAAGUUGGCAGCUCACUCUGCUGAGUCUCUAGCUGGCAAUGCUUGGGGGAAUUCAGAGAAGCUGACCAGCUGGAGGUGGGGGGAGGCACUUUUCCCCCUACUGGGACCCCACCCAGACUGGAGCCAGGUGUCUGGAGCUGGUGGGGAGGGGCUGGUGGGCAGUCAGGCUGGAGCCUGUGGGGCCUGGGGAAAAUGGACUGGGGGAGGGGAGCUGGCUGCACCUUGGGAGGAGGGGAGGGGAGAGACAGCUUCAAUCUGAGAACUCCACGUUUCAUCUGGGGGGAGGUGCAAAUGUAGCUUUUGGAGAUAAAGGGACAGGGAGGUUUUGGGGUGCACUGAGAGAAGGGGACAAGGAGACCAGGGCUUAAAUUUGAGUAGGCAGAAAGGAAGAUUUGAGAGGACUGAAUGAAUUGGUUCUGGAAACAGGACUACACGGUACACGUGAGGCUGAAUGACUACCUGGACAUCAUCUGUCCGCAUUAUGAGGAUGACUCUGUGGCAGAUGCUGCCAUGGAGCGGUACACACUGUACCUGGUGGAGCGUGAGGAGUACCAGCUGUGCCAGCCCCAAUCCAAGGACCAAGUCCGCUGGCAGUGCAACCAGCCCAAUGCCAAACAUGGCCCAGAGAAGCUGUCUGAGAAGUUCCAGCGCUUCACACCUUUCACCCUGGGCAAGGAGUUCAAAGAAGGCCACAGCUACUAUUACAUCUCCAAACCCAUCCACCACCAAGAAGACCAAUGUUUGAGGUUGAAGGUGACUGUCAAUGGCAAAAUCACUCACAGUCCUCAGCCCCAUGCCAAUUCACAGGAGAAGAGACUUGCGGCAGAUGACCCGGAGGUGCAGGUUCUACAUAGCAUCGGUUACAGUGCUGCCCCCCGCCUCUUCCCAUUUGCCUGGGCUGUGCUGCUCCUGCCACUUCUGUUGCUGCAAACCCCAUGAAGGUGUAUGCCACACCUGGCCUUAAGGAUUGGAACUGGGCUGAGGGGACAGGAGCAGGCACCGCACACGUGUCCUGGGGCCACUCCCAAAGCCCCAGCCCUGGGAACCACUCCCACCACAUGCACAGGCUGUCACCCAGCAGCCUCAAAACGGGUCAGUAUUAAGGGUUUCAACCCAAAGGAGGUCAACCAGCCUGGCAGUGCCAUCUCCACCUCCAUCUCAAAGGGAUGGAGAAAGAAGUGGGGACAGUCUUUCCCCCACCAUUCCUGCCUUUAAGACAAAGAAACAAGCUGUGCAGACAUGGUCCCUUAAAAAAGGCACAGUGGGAGCCAAGCUGGAAGAGGUCUGGGGCCACAUGGAUGGACAGAGCUUGGCAAAGAUGCCCCUCGGAGAGUGAGCCAGGAUGUUCAGAUGAACUGAGUGAAGGAAAAGCAAGAAACAGUUUCCUGCUUGGAGCCAGGUACCGGAGAGGUAGCAUGCUUGGGCUGACCCAGCAUCUCCUGGCAAGACUGCUGUCUGUGGAGCUGCUAUAGAGAGGUUUGUAGCCAGGCACUGCAUUCUCCCCCAUCCUGGGGCAGUGCUCCCCAGAGCUAUGCCAGCAGGGGGGCUGUGCCAACCUGUUCCUGGAGUGUAGCUGUAAGGGCAGUGCCCAUGUGUACAGUCUGCCUAGAGUGUAGCCUAAAGGGCAGGGCCCAUAUGUACAGUAUCUGUAUAUAAACUUGCUGUGUGUCUGUGAUUUCUACAACUGGAAUUUUUUUAUACAAUGUUCUUUGUCUCAAAUAAAGUGUUUGGUUUUUUUGGA